CAGGUGUUCCGAUAUUUGGGAAGGUCUCUCAGGAGUAUGUCAAACCAUUCUAUAUAAAUGCUGAAACUUUACAGAAUCUCCAGUUUCCUGCCAGAUAUCGUUGCAUUUAUUUGCUAAGCAGCUUCACUCCGUGAGAUUUUCGUCAAUUUAACUUUUAAGAACAAUUCACGAUGCCCCAAAUUUACAACCGAAUCAUAUUUCUCGAGCUUAUCUUCAUUCUGCUGCCAAUUUUAUCAGCAAUAUGCACCGUUAAGGCUGAGGAUGAUGCUGAAGACAUAUUAGGACACAUGAUCAAUAAACGGAACUCUUGGUGGAGCAAGAAAUCGGCUAUCCCUUUAACAGACGACUAUCCCGAUCGUUCAUCACUGGAAGAUUUGCGCUGUGACCAGACGAAAUUCCUUUUUAGUUGCUAUAUCCGACUGUGUGUCUCAGAAUUGCUUAGUUGUGCAAAGGAAGCCAAAGAUUCCAAGCGGUCCUUCAAUGAUUGCAAGAGUGACUACAGAAUGUGCGGUUUGAAAUGCAUGUCAAGCGCGACAUCCUUGUCUGAAUAAACGGAAAGAUUUGCAGAAAAACACAAAUUCCAAACUACUGAUCUGAUUUUCUAAAGCCAACUCUUUAUGAACUGGAAACAAAGUGGAACAAACUUCAUUAUGUAUAGCAAUUUCAAGAAUUAUUAAAAAUACUUAGAUUUAAAGAAA